AGCGGAGCCUCGGGGAGCAAGGCCGCCAGGAGUGCCAGAUCCUGGGUCAGACAGGCGCCCAGCAACCUCCCACGCGACAGGGGCGCGGCGCCCUGCAGGGCCUCGGCGGCCAUGGGGUGCGUCAGCUCCAUGGGGCAGCCCGCUGGAAAAGCGGCGCUCCUGAAGGAGAGGGGAAAGAUGUUGACUUCCGCGACGUCUAUGUGGUCGGCAGCAGGCUCGGGAGCGGUGCUUUCGGCACCGUUUACGAGUGCAGAAAGAAGCAGGGCGACAAGACCACCUACGCCGUCAAGAUGAUGGAACAUCAGAGUAGCUGGUGGGGUCGGCUGUCAUCGUCCCAGGACGCGCAGUGGAAGAUGUUCGUUCAAGAGUUCAAAAUGCUAAAGGCGGUCAGCCAUCCUCAGCUUGUCAGGAUGGUCGGGGUAUUUGUGGACGAUUAUUUCGUAUAUUUCGUGAUGGAUAAAUACAAGUCGAGCCUCAUCAACGCAUUGCUCCCGCUUCUCAAGAGGAGUCCCAGGGGCAUUUCAGGCCCGGUGCUCGCGGAGAUCUUGAGGCAGAUGUUGGAGUCGAUUGCCUACAUGCACGGGAUGAUGAUUGUCCAUCUAGAAGGCAGAUAAUUACCUCGUAGACGACCUCGAGUUUAAGGGGAAGGAUUUCAAGGUCGUCUUGACAGACCUUAGCACGGCGCGCCAUCUAGAGGAGGGCGUGUUCCUCAAGGAGAUCGUGGGCACCAGAGAAUACUGGGCCCCAGAGCUGAUUACGCGCUCGUACGCGCACAAGGUGGACGUGUGGGCUGUAGGCGUCAUUUUUUGGUGCAUGAUAACUUCCAAGUUCCCAUUCGCCACCAUGCAGGACCGCUUCACGAAGCAGCUCCGAAGACAUGAGAGGAUGAAUGCCGACCAGUUUGCUAUCAUCCAGGGUCUUCUUCACAAGAGUCCACAACAGCGUAGCAAGCCGUUGGCAGCUCUGGAGAACCAGUGGAUCAUUCGCGAGUGCCAAAAGCACAAGAGCAGCAUCGCCGCGGCGGCACAGGUGGCCGACGACACAGUGGACGAGCAGGCUGGUGGUGGUGCUGCACCAGAGGACGGCGCCAAAGGGUUUGGGGUCACGCGCCAGGCGCCUGCCCAAGGGGGCGCUGUCGGGGGAGAGGCCCAACGCUUCAACGAGAAAAUGAAGAUGGCCUCCGAAAGGCACGCGCAGGGCGACAAGUCUGCGUUGCCGAUGGACCUCAAGCAGCAGCAGAUGGAGGCGCCGCCGACAGGCGCGGUGACAAGCACGAACCAGCGUGUUGGCGAGUCUCGCGCCUACGAGUGGUGGAGCGAGGAGAGGUGUGUCGAGAAGCAGGUGCCAGACAUCCGGACGCAGUGCAUCAAAGCGGCAACCCCGAUCUCGGAUAAUAGUGUUAGCAUGGAGUCGGGGGACACCGUCGUCGGGGAGCCGGCGAAUAUCGAGUGGCUGGAGAAUUUGUUCCGUACUUACCGCAUCGACACGAGCAAGUGGGGAGUGGGUCAGGCCAAGACCGUGGCAAACAUUAAGCACGAGUUGGAGCAGCACGAGUGCAGCUUGUUACUGCGGGGAGACAAGCUCAUCCGCAUGGUGGACCUGGUGGUGGUCCGCAUACAGUCCAAGGACGGAAAAUACUUAGUGGAGGCCAAUCAAACGUUCUCCGACGGGCGAAGCCGCGACGUGAAUAGGUUUCCCGCCGUGAUGUGCCGUGCAAAAGGCAAGGGUCGCGAGAGCGCUAAGGCGGAGAUCGCGCGCCUGCUGGAGUACGAGAUGAGCGCAUCGCUGGACAUACUGAAGCUGGACUGGGGGGGCAACAUCCUGUCCGAGGUCAUCACAGAGAAGGCCUUCUCGCAGUCUUAUCCGGGCCUGGAGAGCGUUUAUCGCAAAUUCUUCUUCACCGCCACGGUCAACGACAACGCCACGACGGUCCAGUUGGCGGGCGUGGGUAUGCCAGGCUCCUGCCCAUUCCAGACCUCACUACAGGAUGGGGACAACACGCGGGUCAAGUGGGAGUGGUGGGACCAACAGAAGUGUCAACAGCAGGGAUUGCCGGUGAAGGCGCAGCCCGUCGUGCAAAGCGAGUUUGAAGGCUACCAGCGGGUCCCUGGGAGCGAGUGGAAAGAGGAGUCGUUGACGAAGCUCCUCAACAAACACAGGAUCCAGACAACCAUUUGGGGUGUCGGCGAGGCCCGCACUUUGGCGCAGCUUGUCACGGAGGUCAACUCGGGCGAGACGCAGCUCUUCGAGAAGCCAGACAGCCCUGGUGACCUGAGGCGGUACCUGGAAAUCUUGAUUGUCAGAGUCAAGAACUCCUCUGGACAUGCGCUCGUGGAGACUGCGCAUAGCUUUGGGACAGCGCAGAAGCGAGAGCGCAACCUCCUCCCGGCCACCAAAGUGCGGCCGUUCGAGGACCACAUCUGGGCUGUACGUCGCCUGCUGUCCGAGCUCGACAUCCCCUUCUCCAGCGCCAGGACCACCUUCGGCCCCAGGCGCACUGAAGCGUCCAAGAGCCCGUCGUAUCCGAGUAUCACUACCGUGUACCUCAAGCAGGUCGUAGAGGUCCAGCUGGAGGACGUCGCCCUGGAGAACCUUGAGAGCCCCGACGUCGCCGCGAAGUGGUACCAGACCGCGCAGGCGAGCGGGGUCAAGCGCGAGAGCACGGUGACCGGCAGGUGAGGGCGGCGCCCGCGGCAUCUGCCAUGGCCUCGUGGCCUGCAGGAGCACCGCUCGGACGGACCGGCAGGUUCUGCCUCGCCGCUCGGGCACCCGCGGGCGCCGAGGAGCGCCAGGCACCCAGGCGCGGCGGCACUGCACUGCGCGCGACGGGCUGCGGCCGCGCUGCGGGCGCGAAGGGUCGGAGCUUCGGCGUGCGAAGUCUGCGCCGUGGAGGAGGCCUUGCCGUGCUUGGUGGUAUCGCUCGACCGCUUGGGCCCUGAGCGCACCGUGGGGGGGGGGGGGAGAAGCGUCCGGUGUGGAAGGAGGAGGUAGCGCCUGCUUGCCCGAGCGCGUUCCGAGCUGGCUCCUCGUACAAUGACCUCCGGGAGGGGGCGAUCCAUCGUGGAGUUCACCUGUUAUAGUGAAUGGGUGCUGACUGCUGGGUCGGGCGGUCCCGAAGGUUCUGCACAACGGAGCCACCUCCCGACGCGGAGGCGGGGUUUUCCCCGAGCAGCAAAGCGGCACAGCCGUGCAAAGCAUGUCGCGGCAGGUGUGCUUCUUUUUCCAGUCCUCGCCCAUCGCCCUGGUCAUCCUCCAUUUGCCUUUCCUCGGCGGCGCGCCUACGAGUGGUGUGUGUGUGUGUGUGUGUGUGUCGACUUCCUACUUCUAUCAUCGAUGGUUUCCUACCUCAAUCGCCGACUACUUGGGCGGGCCAGAGCCCAAUCCGCUUUAACGGCCUUCCUGCCGCAUGCCUCUACAUGCUUUCGACCGGCCCGAACUGCUCAUGUUGAUUGUGCACCCCUCCUCCUCCUCCUCCUCCUCCUCCUCCUCCUCCUCC